CAUUACAGCGCGCCUCGGCCGCGCCUCCACCACAGCCCGGCGGCGGCAGCGGGCCGGGCCGCGCCACGGGGCCCGCCUGAGCGGCGCGGCGGCGGCGGCCGCCCCUGGGCCGGGUAUGGGCGGCACGAAGGAGGCGGCGCGGCGGCGGCGGUGGCGGUGCGGGCGCUGAGGCGGGCGGCGGCAGCAUGGAGGCCAUCUGGCUCUACCAGUUCCGCCUGAUCGUCAUCGGCGACUCCACCGUGGGCAAGUCCUGCCUCAUCCGUCGCUUCACCGAGGGGCGCUUCGCCCAGAUCUCCGACCCCACGGUGGGCGUGGAUUUCUUCUCCAGGCUGGUGGAGAUCGAGCCGGGCAAGAGGAUCAAGCUGCAGAUCUGGGACACGGCCGGCCAGGAGCGGUUCCGGUCCAUCACCAGAGCCUACUACAGGAACUCGGUUGGUGGACUUCUCCUCUUUGACAUUACAAACCGCAGGUCCUUCCAGAACGUCCAUGAGUGGCUAGAAGAGACCAAGGUGCACGUCCAGCCCUACCAGAUCGUCUUCGUUUUGGUAGGUCACAAGUGUGACCUUGACACGCAGCGGCAGGUCACCAGGCACGAGGCUGAGAAACUGGCUGCUGCUUAUGGUAUGAAGUACAUUGAGACCUCUGCUCGGGAUGCCAUUAACGUGGAGAAGGCCUUCACUGAUCUGACUCGAGAUAUAUACGAGCUUGUUAAAAGGGGGGAAAUUUCAAUCCAGGAGGGAUGGGAAGGGGUAAAGAGCGGGUUUGUCCCAAACGUAGUGCACUCUUCAGAAGAAGUGGUGAAAUCAGAUAGGCGGUGCUUGUGCUGAGCUCUUCUAGCGAGAAAAGUGGUGAUGAACUCUACUAACCAAAUGUACUUUACUAAGUGAACUCAGUGUGACAGAAGGGAGAGCGACACUCCCGUUGUGAACAGCCUCCCACCUUGUUUUGGACGCGAGGACAGCCCCAGGAAAGCGAUGUUCUGUUCCAUCUGACCUUUCAGAACUGGGGGGUUACAAACCUAACGGCGAGUGAGCGAGGGUGCAUGCAGACGUUGUAAGGAGACAGGCAGCGGAAAUGAGGGGCGGCAGCAGGGUACAGAGAGUACAUAAGCAGCUCUGAAUGGGCUGGCACAUGCCAGGGUACUGUACAUGUCCUGUUUUAAGUAACUCUAUAGCUCUGUGCUGGGUAUCGAAGCCACAGUACAGCUAGUGCAGUAGUCUGACAAACUGGCAGACAGAGAGAAAGAAAGAGGACAGCUUAGUUUGUGUCAGCUGCUUACUACCAGAAAGGUGUAAAGGCAGCACGGGUACCAUUUCCUCAUAAGGCCAAUGCCACAGGAAAAGUUUACUGACAUAGUAUGCACACUUUUUUUUUCUUUUUUUUUUCCUUACAUUCUUGAACACAGGUCAGUAGCAAAGCCUAUUCUGUGGAAUUUCAAGAGGAAAAUAGUUAUUUUAUUGGUAAUGAAAAGUCAGAGGACCUCUCCAGUAGUGCUUUUCUUGCUGUGCUGAACUGGGAUUGCAAGUGGCAAUGCCUGCUCCAGUAGUAAUUAUUCAGUGCAUUCUAAAAAUAUUUAUUGCCUAGGUGUGUACCCUGAACAUACCCCGAGUUCAGGGCUUUCCAAUAGCGUUACAUGGUCAGGAGCAUAAAGAAAGACCCAUGUGCUCAUAUGCUGGGUUUUAAGGCUGGAAUGUUGUGUCCAGGUGGGGCACGCCAACAUUUCUGUCUUGCCAACAGCACUGUGCUGACAUUUUGGGUGUCUUGCCAGCCAAGGCCAAUAGGAGGAAUGGAAAGGGGGGGGGAGGGAACAAACAAACUUGAAAAGCUUAACUCAGGUGUAUCAGACAUCCUCAAAGGUGAGACUUGCUUUUAUAGAAGUUAAAUAGUGUGGAAAGCAACAGCUUCCAUCACUACUUUCUGCUG